CUUAGAUUUUGGUGGCAGAAUAUAGUUUACCUUCACCAAAGUCACCAACCAAAUGAGAGAACAAGAAGCUCACUCUUCAUUCAUUCAUUCAUUCUUCUACUUCUGAAAAAAAGAAGCCUUUCCAUAAAUUCCAUGCUUAUCCUAUUUCCAUUCAUUUGAUUCCAAUCAAUUAUUAUUAUAUAGUGACUCUUUUUACAAGUGUUACCACUCAAUUGAAGGAACAAGUUGAAUUUCCCUUUCAAUACAUAUACUAAUACCAUAUCCUAUCCAAAGUAUUAUAAAAUCAGUGUGCCAACCAAAACCACUCUCUCCAACAUGUGAAUCCCCACAAACAAUAUUAAUUUAAUCAAACAAUAAUAUAUAGUUUCCCCACCAUUAUAUCAAAUAUUUCCUUCCUCUUUAACUUCCAGAACUUUCUUAACAAAGAACCCACUUGCUAUUCAUAGAAAGGAUUAAUCAACUAAUCAAUAAAAUAACACAAUAUUGCUUCCAAGAUGUCUAGAAUGUUCUUAAUAAUACAAUUUUUUUAAUAUUAAUGUUUCUCACUAUAGUUCACUCUCUCUUUCUAUAUAAACCUUCACAACACUUCCUCUUAUAGCUUUCUUCAAAUAUAGGUAAGACACCUCAUCAAGUUCUUAUUCAACUGUCUUAACUAGUUUCCAUAUUUCUUCUUUCACUAAAAAUUCCCAAAUUUUCAAUGCUUCAUUUUUUUACUUUUUUUCUUUCAACUUCUUUGAAUCAAGCUCUUUCUCUUAAUAAGCUCAUUUUCACUUCUUUUAAACCCCCCCUCUAUUUUAACUUCUUUUAAAACACUCAAAAAUUAAUUUUCUGCUGCGACUUUCUUUAUUGUUUUCGAGCAACCUGAUCGUGAUAAAAUGAACUAUUUGUACCCGGUGAAAGAAGAGUAUUUGGAAAUUGAAGCAACAUCAUCGUCGGCGUCGACGACAUAUGAAAGAGGAAGUGAUGAGGGAUCAAUGGUUGUUAUUCCACGGCCAAUGGAGGGACUACAUGAAGUAGGACCACCACCAUUUCUAACCAAGACUUAUGAUGUUGUGGAGGACCCCACAACAAGUCACAUAGUUUCAUGGAACAGAGAUGGUGCUAGCUUUGUUGUUUGGGAUCCAAAUGCUUUCUCAAGAGAUCUUCUUCCUAGAUACUUCAAACACAACAAUUUCUCAAGUUUUGUUAGACAACUCAACACUUAUAUAAAGUUCCUGGUCCAAGAUUCAAUGGAUUUGAGAAUAGAUGAGGGCCAAGAGUAGAUUGUGAUGCUGUAGAUAGCCAUACUUUGAAUCACUGACUUCACUAAUUGCACUCUACCGGCUAUUGAUAAUAAAGAAGUCUUCCAAGCUGAAAGUUUAACUUUGAUUUUAUCGGCAAUGGAUAGAAAUAACUAGCUUUUGGCCGGAUCUUGUUAUUGGCUUUGUUCUUAGGUUUUAGUACUCCUAUGUACUUUUUCCCCGAUGUGGGUAGAGUACGUCUUCUACAUUUUCCUCCCA